CAGAAAAAGAAAUAUUUUGGUAAAUAAAUGGCAACGUGCUUUUCUAUUUUCAUUUGCCUUGUUUAAUUAUUAAAUCAAAAUGAACGUAACUGACAUAAAGGAGUUUGCUGAGUUAGGAGUAAAAACAUGGUUGAUCAAGCAGCUUCAUACUCUUGGUAUAAAGGCUCCAACACCCAUUCAAAAAGCAUGCAUUCCAGACAUUCUCUCUGGAAACGACUGUAUUGGUGCAGCUAAGACUGGGUCAGGGAAGACAUUUGCAUUUGCAUUGCCAAUACUACAAAACCUAGCAGAGGAUCCCUAUGGAAUCUAUGCACUUAUACUUACACCAACUCAUGAACUUGCUUACCAGAUAGCUGAUCAAUUCAGUAUAUUAGGCAAACCAUUGAACCUCAGAGUAUGUAUAGUAACUGGAGGGUCGGACCAAAUGGAGGAGUCACUAAAGUUGGCCAAGAAGCCACAUAUAGUGGUAGCAAUGCCUGGACGCUUGGCUGAUCAUAUAACUGGCUGUGAUACUUUCAGUUUGAAGAAGAUUAAGUAUUUAGUUUUGGAUGAAGCUGACAGGUUGUUCAGUGAAUCCUUUAAAGAGGAUUUGGAAACAAUAUUUGAAGUUUUGCCACAAAAUCGUCAGAAUUUACUAUUUUCUGCAACAAUAACAGAAGAUGUGAAAGAAUCCAAACAAUUGCCGUUAAAUAAAGAUCGACUCACAGUAUGGUCGGAGACGGACACACAACUGACAGUGAAUACAUUAGACCAGCGUUACGUGGUGUGUCCGGCGUACGCGCGUGAUGUUUACCUCGUGCAGGCGUUACGCAAAUAUCGUGAGACUAAACCCAGUGCACAUAUUAUUGUGUUUACCGAUACUAAGAAAGAGUGUCAAGUAUUAUCAAUGAUGUUAAACUCAAUCGGCAUGGACAACGUAUGUUUACACGGGUUCAUGCGGCAGAGGGAGCGCGCGGCGGCACUCGCGCAGUUCCGUAGUAAUUUGAAAUGCACUCUCAUAGCCACCAAUGUUGCUGCGAGAGGCCUCGACAUACCUUCAGUGCAUCUUGUAGUUAACCACAAGCUGCCGUUAGAACCAAAGGAAUAUAUACACAGAGUAGGUCGUACCGCGCGCGCCGGGAGGACGGGCAUGGCUAUAUCCCUCAUCACGCCGUACGACAUCCUGCGGCUCGGAGAGAUCGAAGACCAGAUCAAAACAAAACUCAGCGAGUACAAGAUUGAUGAUGACGAAGCGGUAAAGGUGUUUACAACUGUGAGUGUGGCGCGAAGGGAGCAGGAGGCGCAGCUGGACAACGAGGAGUUUGAGCAGCGCAGGCGCAACUACAGGCAUAAGAGAUGGAUCAUGGCGGGGGUUGAUCCUGAACUUAUGGAGCAAGGUCUGGAAGAAAUGCGCCGUAAGCGUGUAAAAGCAGCAAAGAAAGCGAAACUCGAGAAGAUAAAACAAAUCCAAGCACAAAUCAAGGACAAGAAAGAAGAUGAUCGUCUUCAGCCAGAAAGUGAGAACAUUGAUGCAUCAAUAAAAGAUGAAUUGAAGAAAGUCAACAAAAGUCUUAUGAAAAAAGAUGACAGAUUUAAAAAUGUCAUCGGAAAGAUAAGUAAGAUAAAACGUAAAGCUGAUAACAUGAAAGAGAAGAGCGUAGAAGAGAAGGAAAUCAAAAAGAAAAAGAAUAAAGUGUUAAGUAAAAAAGUUUUA